AUGAUGUAUUGGCUAUCUCUAUUUUCGCUCUGCGCUACACAAGUCGCUGGGGUGUUCAAUGAACCUGCGUUAAAAGUCCAAAACCCAGGACUAGACUGGACACGAGAAUCCUUUGUCGAAUCAUCAUUUGAGGGUUAUCAAACGCAGCCGGAAAAACACAGGUUCUUGACUGAGAAGACCAAAAGGUUCACUGUUGACGGAAAGACCCUCCCAAACGUCCACUUUGAUGCUGGAGAAUCUUAUGCGGGCCUGCUUCCGGUGGACUCUUCCGUGGCCAAGGAUGACUUGCAACAGCUAUACUUCUGGUUCUUCCCCUCUCAAUCGCCACCGGCUGAAAAAGAGAUCGUUAUUUGGCUCACUGGUGGUCCUGGUUGCUCGUCCAUAGGUGAGCUUCUUCAAGAAAAUGGCCCCAUAUCGUGGAAGCCUGGAACCUUUAGGCCUGUGCAGAACCCCUGGAGUUGGCACCGCCUGAGCAAUGUUGUAUGGAUUGAACAACCCGUGGGAACAGGCUUCUCUCAGGGCCCGGUCACGGCUACCGACGAAAGAGAUGUCGCAAGACAGUUCAUGGGAUUCUGGAAAGCCUUCGUCGACACGUUCGACCUGCAUGGCUACAAAGUCUUUGUUACUGGGUCUUCCUAUAGCGGCCUGUUCUCUCCGUACAUCUCGAGUGCCAUGCUUGAUGCAGAAGAUACGGAUUACUUCAACGUCAAGGGCAUGAUGAUCUUUGAUCCCUCGAUAUCGCAACGGAGUAUUGGUCAGCAAUUUGGAGUGACCAAGACUCUCGAAUACUGGGGUCCUGUCUUCACGCUGAACGACACAGUGAGGGCGAAAGUCAACGAAAUCGAUCGAAGAUGUGGCUACAGCGAGUAUGUGGACAAAUAUCUGAGAUUCCCACCGGCAGGAACUCAGCCAGUCGAUAUUCCGAGAGCUUGGAACCCAGACAACGAGUACAUUCCUGAGUGUGACAUACUGUCAUUUGUCGCCGAAGCAGAGAGAGUUGCGAAUCCCUGCUUCAGUCUGUACAAUGUCCUUCAGACCUGCCCGCUUGCGUACGAUCCUAUCGGCUUUACCGAUAACAGGCUCCGUCAUCCGUUAGCUGGUCCGGUUUACUUUGACCAGGAAGAUGUCAAAGCAGCCAUCAAUGCUCCUAUUGACAAGGAGUGGCGAUUUUGCAGCAGAGAGCCCGUAUUUGUAGAUGACAUCGACAACUCCAACAACCCAGGUCCUGGAAGUUUGCCUCUCAUCCCAGGAAUCAUCGAGAGAACCAACAACGUCAUCAUCGGGCACGGGUUGCAAGACUUCAUCUUGCAGAGCACUGGCACAUUGCUUGGUAUCCAAAACAUGACAUGGAGCGGGACGCAGGGGUUCCAAGUGGAGCCUGAGAAUACACUGAACAUACCACUUCACCCAGAAGUGGAAGCCUUUGGCGGUAGUGGUGAGCUUGGGGUAUGGCAUUCAGAGAGAGGUCUCACGUAUUUCGAGACCCCGAUGUCUGGCCACUUCGUCGGUCGUGAUGCACCAUUUAUCUCGUUCCGAGCACUAGAGGUACUAUUGGGACGAGUGGAGGACUUUGGGUCAACAGCCCCAUUUACGAUGGACUACAGAAUGGGCGCCCGGAGCGAAGAGCUCUAA